AUGGUGAAGAAAGAUGAGUUCUUGAAGCAAAAUGAACAUCAUGAGUCAAUCAACGAACAAGUCUCUAGCGGUUUUUGUUCUUUUACCAGGGUUUUUGGUUUUCUAAAUGUUGCAAAGAGAUUAGAGAACACAUCGAGGAAUUUCAAGAUGUUGGGUAGUUUAGGGUUUUGCGGGCAGCUAGUGUGCACUGUGGUGGCUGCAGUGAUUCUGUCUAUUUCUAUUGUUGUUACUGGAAAGAUCACAUCGCCUGCCACCUUCUAUGCCACUACUGGUGGGAUUGCAGCUGCAUUUAUUUCAGUGUUUUGGUCGUUUGGGUAUAUUCGGUUUUCUGAGAAGCUUCGGAUAACUGCAAAUGACCCUUCAAGAAAAGCUCCUCCUUGUGCUGAUUUGGUGAGAAGCUUGAAAAAUGGCAUAGUAGUGAAUCUUCUGGGAAUUGGUGCUGCUAUUCUUGGAAUGCAAGCCGCCGUGGGACUGCUGGUUGCGAAGGCUCUUACUUCCUCAGCUAAUCCAUAUUACCAGGGAGUCCCUCCUGGAUACAGUCCUGUUCUGGCAUUGGAUGUAUUCCGUGUGCAGGCAUCGGCAAACACUAUCCUUUCUCAUUUUCUGGGGCUUGUUUUCUCAUUGGAGCUGUUGCGGUCAGUGACACUACCAGCUUCAGAAACCAUACCAGUUCCCAAGGUUGCAUAAUUUCUGACCCUCGGUUAAUCCAGAUGUAUGUGAAUGCUACAAGUAGAAACUUGAUUUUGAAGCUUUAAUUGUUGGGAAGUGGAAAGUUGCUUGAGCUCAUUAUAUAUUUCAAUUUUGCAAUUAUAUUUAUCU